UUUUUUUUUUAUUCUUUUCUCUCUCUCUUUUUCAUGCCUUUUAACUGCUACUAUUUUUCUUUUAUAUUAUAAAAAUGGAUUUUAUGACAGGUCAACAACAACAUGGUGAUUGGCUUGGUCAUCAUCUAAAGAAAAGUUUUAUAUUAAGCCUACCAAAAGAACUAUUAUUAGAGAUUAUCACCAAUGUAGCACUUCUUGAAUCUAUGGAUUCAUAUCCAACUUCUUUAAUCGAAUUAUCAUUAUGCUGUAAAUACCUUUAUUAUCUUGUACAUAAAGACCCCUGGAGAUUACAAACAUUAUGGUCAAGAGCAUUUCACUAUAGAUUUGAUACAAAGGCCAUCUAUAGAAGAAGACUGGUUCACCACAUCGAUUGGCAACGUCAGUUAGAAAGAAGAUUUAGAGCACUGUACCUAUGUCGUUCAUUCGCUUUAAAUCCAACCCAUACUCGAUUAUUAGAAAUGAUGGAUUGGGAAAUUAUAUGGAAUAUGCUGAUAGAGCAUGGUAAUAAGCAUGGAUGAUGUAUCUGCGUAUUAGCUCUAAUAUAUUCAAUAGAUCACCAUAAUAUCCCUCUUUU